AUGGCUGCCCACGUCGACCUCUCCCAGCGGGACAUGAACGUCCUCGAGAAGAUGCGCGACCCCGACUUCAACCCGGCCGCCAGCCUCAUUCUCGACGAGCGCCUCCCGCGCGACCCGCACCUCACCGACCCGGACGUCUACGAGCGGACCGCCGCGCGCGAGCGCACCAUCGUCGCCUCGCUGCAGGCGCUGGAGGCCGAGCUCGCGCAGUCGCAGGACCUCGACGCCGACGAGCGCGCCGUCGCCGGGUACCGGGAGGCCGUCGCGCAGCUCAGCGCACUCGUCGACGAGCACCCGCGGUACGCGAGCGCCCGCAACAACCGCGCUCAGGCCGCCCGCCGCCUCUACGGCGACCUGAUGCUUCUCGACGUCACCACCACCAGCAGCGGCGGCGCCGCGCUGCCGCUCAUCCUGACGCCCCGGCGCGAGGAGAAGCGCGAGGCGGCGGCGCGCGCGCUCGAGGACCUGGAGCGGUCCAUCGCGCUGCUCACGCCCGCCGCGCCCAGCGCGGCGCCAUUUACCUGCAGACGGGCCGGGCGCUGGCAGCCGGCGGCGGAGGCUGCUUCGCACGACCUCGCCCUCGGCGGCCGCUACGGCAACGACAUCGCCAAGAACCUCGCCGUCAGCGUCAACCCGACCGCCAAGCUCUGCGGCCAGAUCGUACGCGAGGCCAUGCGCAAGGAGUACGGCCCUGGCUUCAUGCCGCCCGAGCCGGAGGAGUAG